CACAGCAUUCAUGUUUCUACUGCAGGAGACGACGAUGACGUUUGCAUUCAGCAAGUGGAGCACGAGAGGGAAAGACGUGGAGGAAAAAGAAGGGAUGGAGACAGAGGGAAAAAGAAGAGGGGGGAUGGGAGGAGAAAAGGAGCAUCUAGAGCAGGAGAAAGGGAAGAGGAAUUACAGGCCAGGCCCGAGAAAAGAGAAAAGGUCAAGAAAAGGAGGCCAAAGAAAGAUCAAGAAGUGGAGGGAGGAGAGAGGAAAGAGGAGGCGCAGGGCAAAACAAAAAGCAGUAAGGCUGCAAAAAUGAGGAAGAAUAUUAAAAAUGAAAACACAAGAAAAAUGGAGCAAGAGGAGGGACAAGCGGAAGAAAGAAACACCAAGAGAAAAAAGAAACAUGGAAGUGCCAAAAAAGAGGAGAAAGAGGAGGAUGGAGGUAAACGUACAGUAAAGGAGAAAACAAGUGAAGUGAAGAAGCAAAAGCACAAGAAAGUAGUUGAAACAAGUUCAGAGAAGGAGACAAGUGAGGAAGACGACAGCGAAGAGGAGGACAGCGAGGAGACAGAGGUGAGGCCUGAGUCUCUGACGCCGGAGGAGCUGGAGAGGCUGAAGGAGGCGGUGGACGAGAGGAAGAAGCUGAUCCAAACCCUGCGGGGAAAACCCUGGACAAUGAAAAAGAAACUCGUGACUUUGCGGGAAUCUCAGGAGUUUUUGGAGAAGUAUGAGGGAGCUCUGGGCAAAGGGAAAGGAAGGAAGCUCUAUGCAUACAAGGUCAUGAUGACCAAGAAAUGGAUGAAGUUUCAGCGAGACUUUGAAAACUUCAAAACUGCCUGUAUUCCGUGGGAGAUGAAAAUCAAGGAGAUCGAAAGUCAUUUUGGCUCCUCGGUCGCCUCCUACUUCAUCUUUCUGAGGUGGAUGUACGGCAUCAACAUGAUCUUGUUUGGGCUGACCUUUGGUCUCGUUAUGGUGCCAGAGGCGUUAAUGGGCCGACCGUAUGGCAGCAUCCCGAGGAAGACGGUCCCCAGGGCUGAGGAGACCAGUGCCAUGGACUUCGCAGUCUUAUGGGACUUUGGAGGUUACGCUCAGUAUUCGGUCCUCUUCUAUGGGUAUUACAACAACCAGCGCGCCAUUGGCUGGCUCAAGUUCCGUAUGCCUCUGUCAUACUUCCUGGUUGGUGUGGGAACCGUUGCCUAUAGCUACAUGGUGGUCAUAAGAACGAUGGCCCGUAACGCAAAUGAGUCGGGUGUUGGAGAUGACAACAGCUUUAAUUUCAGCUGGAAAAUGUUCACCAGCUGGGACUACCUGAUAGGGAACCCUGAAACCGCAGACAAUAAGUUUGCCUCCAUCACCACAAGUUUCAAGGAGGCCAUCUUAGAGGAGCAAGAGAGCCGAAAGGACGACAACAUCCAUCUGACUCGUUUUCUGCGCGUGCUGGCUAACUUCCUGGUCUUGUGCUGCUUAGCAGGAAGUGGAUACCUCAUCUACUUUGUAGUGCGUCGCUCUCAAAAGUUUACCCUGGAUGGACUGGAGAAUCACACCUGGUGGGAAAGGAAUGAGGUGAACAUGGUCAUGUCGUUGCUGGGGAUGUUCUGCCCCAUGCUGUUCGACGUCAUCAGCAGCCUGGAGAACUACCACCCCCGUGUCGCCCUGCAGUGGCAGCUGGGUCGCAUCUUCGCGCUCUUCUUGGGAAAUCUCUACACCUUCAUCAUCGCUCUCAUGGAUGAGAUCAACCUCAAGAGGGAGGAGGAAAAAGUAGUUAAGUUUAAUAUAACCACGUGGGAAGCCAGUUUUUACAAUGGCACAGUGUCGGGAAACAGCACGGGUCCACCCGUCACCAUCCAGCCUGCUGAUGUGCCCAGAGGGCCCUGCUGGGAGACCAUGGUGGGCCAGGAGUUUGUCCGACUGAUCAUUUCUGACACCAUGACAACCUACAUCACGCUGCUGAUCGGUGAUUUCCUCAGAGCCGUGCUCGUUCGCUUCCUCAACUACUGCUGGUGUUGGGAUCUCGAGGCCGGAUUUCCGUCCUACUCUGAGUUUGAUGUCAGCGGGAACGUCCUGGGCCUGAUCUUCAAUCAAGGAAUGAUAUGGAUGGGUGCUUUCUAUGCCCCCUGCCUGCCUGCCCUGAACGUCCUCCGUCUCCACGUGUCCAUGUACCUGCAGUGCUGGGCCGUGAUGUGCUGCAACGUGCCGCAGGAAAGGGUCUUCAAGGCCUCCGGCUCCAACAACUUCUACAUGGCCAUGUUGCUGGUCAUCCUCUUCCUGUCCACGCUGCCCGCCAUCUACACCAUCGUCACCAUCCCGCCUUCGUUUGACUGCGGACCCUUCAGUGGGAAAAAACGGAUGUUCGAUGUGAUCCACGAGACGCUCGAGUCGGACUUCCCUGCCUGGUUCAGUAAAGUGUUCAGCUAUGCCUCCAACCCUGGACUGGUGCUGCCCUUCAUACUGCUGAUGGUACUGGCUAUUUAUUACUUGCAGUCCACAUCCAAAAGCUAUAAAGAAGCUAAUGUGGAACUGAAGAAAAAGCUACAAACGCAAAAUGAGGAGAACAAGAAGAAGAACAAACGAGCGGCGCUGAAGGCACAGAUGGACCUCGAGGAGGCCAGAAAAGCUGCAUCGCAGACUGCGGAGCAACAGAAGAAGAACGACACUUCACUUCAAGACCAGGAGGCGGAUGAGGACGAAAGCCGCGGCAGCAGUCAGAGGCCGCUUCAGGGUGAAAACGGGCGUAACCCUCCUCGUCCUGUAAGAAACCGAGACCUUCCAGCCACCAGAGCCCCUGUCCCCAGGACCUAUCACCAUGGCAACCACGGGGCUCCUGGGUACCUGCCCGGGUUCCCAAGGCAAAGUGAAUCAAGGAUGCACAGGGUGCCGAGCCUGCAGAGACACUGAGGGAGGGAAAAACAGCGUGUUAGCAAAUGUCACUGAAAACCCAGCACUUUAUUUAGAUGUAAACCGACGUAAACACUGUGAGCCGAGAGGAACGAGAGCGCGGUGACCUGCUGGCACUUAGUGCACAUUUUUCUCUCCUUUUGUUUUUUUUUAACUGUGUAUUCAU